GCCUCAAUACAUCUAACCUGCUGGAUUAGAAGGCGAAGAAGAAGAACAAGCCUCAGCAGACUCGUCCUGGUCCUGGUCUCUCUAACUCUUCUAAGAAAUGGCGGCGUCCGUGUGCCGAGUCGGAAGCACUGUGGGCCGAGCCCUCGCCAAAAGCCGCAGUCCCAUCCUGCUGUCUUUGAGGCGUGGACAGGCAUCAGUCAGCUAUGCCCAGAGCCUGUUGGGAGUCCCGGAAACCCGUCUUACUGCCCUCGACAAUGGUUUGAGGGUUGCAUCUGAGGAGACUGGACAUCCUACAUGCACCGUUGGACUGUGGAUCAGUGCAGGAAGUCGCUAUGAGACUGACAACAACAAUGGAGCUGGCUUUCUUCUGGAGCAUAUGGCUUUCAAGGGAACCAAGAAACACACUCAAGCCGCUCUGGAGCAGCAGGUGGAGUCAAUAGGUGGUCAACUGAGCUCCUACACCUCCAGGGAGCAUACUGCAUACUAUAUGAAAACCCUGGCCAAGGACCUGCCUAAAGCUGUGGAGCUGCUGUCAGAGGUUGUGCAGAGCUGCUCGCUGAACGAGGCGGAGAUCGAGCAGCAGAGGGCCGUGGUUCUGCGAGAGCUGGAUGAAGUUGAAGGAAACCUGCAGGAAGUCUGCCUGGACCUGCUGCAUGCCACCGCCUACCAGGGCACUCCCCUGGGACAGAGCGUGCUGGGCACCUCCACCAAUGCCAGGAAUCUGACCCGCCAGGACUUGGUGGAUUACAUCAACAGCCACUACAAAGCUCCUCGCAUGGUUCUGGCAGCAGCUGGAGGUGUGAGCCACCAGGAGUUGGUUGAUUUGGCCAAGACUCACUUCAGCGGAGUGUCUUUUCAGUACGAAGGAGACGCCGUCCCCCUGCUGUCACCCUGCCGGUUUACUGGCAGUGAGGUGCGCCUGCGUGACGAUGAUAUGCCUCUAGCCCACGUUGCCAUCUCUGUGGAGGGUCCCAGCGUCAACAGCCCAGACAACAUACCCCUUAUGGUGGCAAACGCCAUGAUCGGCAACUAUGACAGAUCUUAUGUUGGUGCACAGCACCUGAGCAGCCGCCUGGCUCGAAUGUCGGAGGAAAGCAAACUGUGUCACCGCUUCCAGCCCUUCCUCUCCUCCUACAGCGACACCAGCCUGCUGGGCAUUUACUUUGUGACCAACAAUUUAAGCAUCGAAGACAUGAUGCACUGGUCCCAGAAUGCCUGGAUGAACCUGUGCACCACAACCACAGAGAGUGAUGUAGCCAGAGGCAAGAACAUUCUGAAGGCCAGUCUGGUCAGACAGCUCAAUGGAACAACUCCAAUCUGUGAUGAAAUCGGACGGAGCAUCCUGAGCUAUGGGAGGCGUGUUCCUCUGGCUGAGUGGGACGCUCGGAUCGAUGCCGUGACCCCUACGGUGGUGCGUGACAUCUGCUCCAAGUACAUCUACGAUAAGUGUCCAGCUGUGGCAGGCGUCGGUCCCAUCGAGCAGUUGCCCGACUACAACAGAAUGCGCAGUGCCAUGUACUGGCUGAGGUUGUAAUGGAAGUUGUCGCGUCGCUCCAAAAGUGUGUUUGCCGUUCGUCAUCAAACCUACAUCACUGCCCUCCUGACAAUCCAUGCAAGACUGAAUACCUGAGCGUUGUCCACAUGUUGGUGUAGCAGCACUGGCAGCCAUAAAGUCUCUCUCCUCUACUUCUUUUAUCCCACAUUCUUAUUUGUCUUAGUUAGCCGUGAGCAGGGUCCUGAAAUCACACUCUGGUUACACAAUGAUUGUACUGCGCAGGUACUCAUCACCUGAUAUCAACUUGAUGGGAGGGCAGGGAGGAUAGACUUGAAUAUUAAAUCAUAAUUUUUUGCGGCACGAUACAGCUAAAUGUAACUGGUAUGGAGCAAGAGUAUAUUUAUAAUUUCAGUAACAUUUGUUUCUGCUCACUAUUGUACAUAACAGAAGCUGUCAUUCCGACAAAAAUAAAAAACAGUAAAAGGUU